CUGAAUUGAAUGGAUGGGCCUGUGUUUGGAUGACUCAUUCUGAUAUCAUUCUGUCUCCGCACUCUCCGCAUACCACAUAUGAGGAGUUCAAGAUUAGCACUCAUAGUUGUGUAUAGCAUGUCGUUUUAAAACUCGGUUAUUUGUUUCCUAUCGAUAAGUUUUUAUAUCACGGGAUGUAGAAAAGUAGCCUUAUGUUAGGCCUUUGUAAAUGUUUAUUUACGUUUACUUAAGGGACAAUGAUUAAAUACCAUGAGUGAGAAAAGUGUAUAGUGUUUACAUUAUUGUAACAUGGAUAUUUAGAAGAGGUCAGCUUAGCCAUUUCUUAUCCUUAUUCAGGCUUCCCGAAUUAGCCUGUGACGCGGAUAGCUGUAGCGGCGUACGUCACCAUAUCAAUAUGUCCGUCUGCCUCGACAGUAGUCGACCGCGAAACGGUUUAAAGCUUCCUCUCGAUAGAAGCUUAAGUGAACCUGGACCGUCUCCCCCUUUUAACCAUUUACUCCCUACGAAACGUACCAAACUGGAGCCCCACUGCAUUAGCCUUCCUUCAAGCCCAUGCGCAGAAUCUGUACAGCGUAAUCACGUUCUUAACAAUGUGAAAACAAUGGAACCAGAAGCACUUAAAGCAAAAUUGGAAGAUCCAAGAGGAAAAAACUUUAUCCUUAUGGAUUGUCGACCGUUUAUGAGUUAUAAUUUAAAUCACAUCAGUGGGGCUAUAAACGUAAAUUGUUCAGAUCGCUUUAACAGAAGAAGGUUACAACAAGGGAAGGCUAGCUUAGCGGAUCUUGCAACUACAAGGGAGGGAAAGGAGGUGCUAAAAAAACGGUCAUUUAAAGAGGUGAUUAUAUACGACGACUCCACUAGUGAAAAGGACCGGAUAACUUUGGGACAUCCGUUGCUCUUGAUUCUGGUAUCUUUAGUGGAAGAUCAUAAGCAGCCAUUACUUUUGAUUGGAGGUCAUAGGGAGUUUCAUAAGAAGCACAAAGAAUUAUGUGAACAUACUUUAACUCAAGGACCUACGAUUCGAGGUCUAUCGCCUUCAGCCUCUUGCCCCUCUUUAGCCGAUGUAGAUUCUUAUCCAGCCUCCAAAGUUCUUCCUUUUUUGUACCUUGGUAAUAGUAAGGAUGCAGCCGACCUUUCUUGUCUUCAAGGACUGGGUACCACCUGUGUUUUAAACGUGACGUCACAGCUGCCGGGUUACCACGAAAAAUGCGGCAUUACAUACAAACAGAUACCCGCCACAGAUUCCGGUCAUCAAAAUCUAAAGCAGUAUUUUGAGGAGGCUUUCGAAUUUAUCGAACAGGCGAGAAAAAACGGUUCAAGGGUCCUAGUACAUUGCCAGGCGGGCAUCUCAAGAAGUGCAACAAUUGCAAUUGCUUAUAUAAUGAAGUACAAACAAAUGUCAAUGUGGGAGGCUUACAGAAAAGUAAAAGAAGUACGGCCGAUCAUUUCUCCGAACCUUAACUUCAUGGGUCAACUUUUGGAGUUGGAGCAAAGUUUACGAAGUGAUAGCAGUAGCAAUUUACAUUGUAGGUGGAGCCAGCAGGCUACAGACGAAGUCACGCAAGGGUGCAGUGUAUGAGUUUCAGUUUGAUUGACAUUUAUGAAGUUGAAUAAGAGUUAAAUAUAGUCACCUAUGAUCGCCAUAGAGUUCCAUUCUAGUCGUUUUAAUAUUGGAGAAAGGCUGUGUACCAUUAAAGAUAUUUCAUGUUUUAAAUGUAAAUAUUUGCCGUAUAGUUAUGAUAAGAAUUGUGUUAUCGGUUUGUAAUUUAGUUCUAUCUUUAUUAGACUCUAUUUAAACAGAUCCUAGUGAUAAGACACUCUCUGACCUCAUGAGAUAUGGUGAGGUUUGUAUAGACUGUGCUUUGUUAAAAAUUUGGUUUGAGAUAUAAAUAUAUCAUUUACUACAAAUUUUACUUUGUCACAAACAACUGUGGCCAGUUUUUUGAAGUAGCGGAAUAGAUAACUAUAGAAAAAAUAAAUUUAGCAGCAGUGUGAUUAUGUUAUUUUGUUUGGCAGUACAUUGUACAAUACGUGUAUUUUUUUCUUCAAUGUUAAGGGAAAUUUUACACAUAUUUCAUUUAUAGUUGUUUCUUUUGUUUGCUGCUGAAAAUAUCUUACGCUAUAUUUUUUAAUGAGGAACAUAUUGAUUUAUGUCUCUAUAUAUGUACACUUAAGAUCCAAAAAGUAUAGGGAAAUCGGAAAUGGUUAAGGUUAACGAGACAAUGAUUUCGUAGUUUACUGGUAAAAAACGAUCAAUUCAAAAUUUAAAAUAAUUCUGAUAUUCGGAAAGAAGCGUAUAAAAAUCCUUAAAAAGAAUAUCUUUAACAACGAUAGCGAGAAAGAAUACCUAGGAUUUGUAAUUUCCUUUUUGAUUUUUUAAAGAUGGAUUUUACUUUUACAAGAAGAUAAAAUUAAAAGCCAGAACAAACUGUAUAAAAAUAAAAUUUCUUUUGUUGAAAUAAAAAUAAAUUUUGCAACAAAGGUCGGAUAUAAAUAAUGUAAAACGGUUUUUUCCGAAUAUUGUUUCGGGCUUUUAUAAAUAUCAAAAAUGUAAAGAAUAACCAGUUAUUUUUGCAAAAUGGUCUAUUGUGUAUGGUUUCGUACUUAUUUAUAUUAAUACAGGCAGCAAAUGAAAAGUGUUUUUUAGAUAUUAUAAUCUUUAUUAUUAUUCAAAUUGCCAUAUUUAAUUUAUAAUCCUUUUUAUUAGUUUUGGUAAUUGUAGAAAAGUUCAGAUUGAUUUGUUUGUAUUAUAAGAAGGAGGCACUUUAAUCAAGGUUUGAAAUUUGUGAUUUAAACUAUAUAUUUAGUCAAAUAUUAAGGCUAUUUACUAGAACAUCCUUAUGUGUCAUUUUCACGUUCGAGUUAAAAAUAUAUAGAUAAUGAAUUUAAAUGUUUGGUAGUGUUCAGCUGCUUUAAUAAAUUUUGAUGUAAAGGGUAAAAAAGUACAAAAGCUUGGUUGAGCUAGACACGAGCAUUAUUAUAUAAACCUAAUACUCUCCCUAUGAUUAUUUUUUAUUCUAAAAUACCACAUUGCCUGUAGUCAAAUUUCAACAAAUGCACUGCAAUAGAUCCUAAAGCAAGGUAAAAUGGGCGGGUUUAGGUUAAGGCUAAUUAAUAGCCACUUUAUCGCAUAAAAUUUGUGCCUUUACAAAGUUUUCUUUGUAUAGAUAGACAUUGUAUGGAGUUCAGACUGUGAAAUUGUAUAACUAUUUGUAAAUCACAAGACUUAAAUAAUCUUAAUAUAAAAUAGAUGUUGA